GGAGAUGUUCCCUGGGACAAUAAGGAGUUCAGGAUGUACUUCCUGAGCGGAGCGGCCUUCUGGACAACUAUCUUUUAUUUCUUAUUCUUCAGAGACGGAGGGCGGGAGGUCACCUGGAAAGACUUUGUCAACAACUUCCUGUCCAAAGGAGUGGUGGACCGGCUGGAGGUGGUGAACAAGCGCUUUGUGAAGGUGGCGUUCUCCUCGGGCCAGGCGCCGGUCGACGGGAUGUUCGUGUGGUUCAACAUCGGCAGCGUGGACACGUUCGAGAGGAACCUGGAGGCGGUGCAGAGCGAGCUGGGCAUCGAGGGCGAGAGCAGGGUUCCUGUGGUGUAUACCACCGAGAGCGACGGGUCCUUCCUGCUCAGCAU